GGGAUAUCUUGACAUUGAACCUCCCUCUAGUCAAGUUGGACGCAUCAUGUCCACGCCCGCUCCCGCUGAGACAGCGAAGAGCCCCAAAAAGGAAGAGGAGGAGACUCUGCCACCAGUUUCGAAAGCAUCUGCCGAAUCCCUAUCUACAACGCUGAAGACUGGUGGAUCUCUAUUCCUUCUCCAAUUCUUGACCCGAAUCGUGACAUUUGGACUGAACCAAUCGCUCGUGCGACUAGCUUCGCCCGAAGUCUUUGGGACGGCCGCGAUCCAGUUCGACCUCAUCACGAGUACCAUCGAAUUUCUGUCCAGAGAAGGCAUCCGCAAUGCUUUGUUGAGGAAAUCUGAUGCGACCUCGAUGGAUGAGAAGGACGCCGACAGAGUGACGAAGAGAAGCAAAGGUGUCACAGAACCCGCACAGGCAGAUCUGGAUCAAAAGCUACGGCUCGCAAGCGUUCCAUUCUUCUUUGCGAUGCCUAUCACCGCGGCCCUCAUCACUAUCUACCUCUACAUGUCAGGUUCGGAGACCACCUCUCAGACCGACUUUCACCUUUCUCUCGGAUUAUACGUCCUCGCUGUUUUGCUCGAGCUAGCUAUCGAGCCGAUGUACAUUCGGACAUUGACUUCGAGCCCUCCAAGACUGAGUGUCAGGGUCAGUGCACACGGUGGAAUGGCGAUAGUCAAGGCAGUGGCCACAUUCCUCAGCCUGCUCGUCUUGCCUCAGAGAGCCUUGCUCGGCUUUGCUCUCGGUCAAUUGGCAGGUGCAACUUGGCUGGUGGCUCGAUACAUUUCGGCGUAUAGUUCAUCUGAACUGGCGUGGUCCAGGAUUCUCAUGUCAGGGAACAACGCAGUACCACGAUUCGACUCUACCGCUCUCUCACUUGCUAUUGCCAAUACCAGGCAGAGCUUCAUCAAGCAUUUCCUCACCGAACUGGACAGGAUUGCUGUCAGUCGAUUGUGCACUCUCAGAGAUCAAGGAGGCUAUGCUGUCGCUAUGAAUUAUGGAUCCCUCGUCGCCAGACUGGCUUUUCAACCGCUCGAAGAGACUCUCCUCCUACACUUCUCAUCCAAUCCGCUAUCAACAGUCCCAGAAUCCCGGGAGCUCAUCGUCUUCGUCACACACAUUGUGGCCCACAUCCUCUUCCUCUGCCCAGCUUUCAUCCCUCCUCUAUUCCCCCCAACCGCAGUCCUCCUCUUGCCGCAUCGCUACCUGGUCACUUCCGCCCCUUUCAUUCUGCGAAGGUACCUAGAAUGGUACAUUCCGCUCAUGGCGCUCAAUGGCGUUCUCGAGGCGUUCCACACGGCGACUGCCACCCCUAAGGAAGUGUCUCUACAAGCAACGUGGAUGUUCUUCAGUUCAGCAGCGUUUGUUGGCAUCAUAGCAGCAGCAACGAGGACGCACUUCGGACAGCACAUGUCUCGCAUGCUUAGUGUGGGACCGAUGGGCGGGGUCGAACAGAUCAUUAUCGCUGCAUCGUGUCUCAGUAUGGGAAUCCGAAUCAUCUACGCCCUGCUUCAUGUCAAGAAGCGAGUCCCAGCGUUCAGGUUGGUCGAUCUUGUACCCAAAUCAGUGACAUCCAUCGUCAUCACGGGCUCAGGAUUGGUGCUUCGACGAGGUUUUGAGAUGCGAGACUGGAGAGUCGAUCUGGAAUCCAAACUCAGGAUGAUUGCUCUGGGUAUACUGUGUGGUUCUUUCGUCCUAACUAUCAUGUGAGUUGACAUCUGAUGUUCGAAUUUAUCGGCUGACCCGAUGGAACCAUCAGGUGGCAGCAGGAGAAAGCGACGGCUUUGAGAUUGUUCAAGGGCUUCAAGUCAAAGACAGAGUAGACUGAUGGCGCUUCCUGCGGCCCAAAUCCUUCACUUUAUGAUGCGUUGAUGUCUCGAGCGAUUUCCAAGUGCUCCGAUAGAUGUAUAUCGAGUUUCGGGUGGAAGGGAAAUGACGCAUUUCGACUUUCCAAUGAGAUUCUUCGUCAAACUUUAUGAUCAUCUACAGCACAUCUGAGCCUGUUCAGGAGCAGUCGAUCCCUUCAUCUCCCAGCACAGAGCCGGCGCCCGCGCUGCAAGGCAUCGGCCUCAAAUAAUUCCGCUUCGGAAGGGUAUGUAUAUAUAUAUAGAUACAGAUAUAUUGUCAGCGUGGUAUGUUUUGAAUGCAUUCAACAAAAAAUGU